AAUACAUGCACAGAUUGACAGGGGAGAAAGAAAGAGAGAGAAAAAGAGUGAGGAAAGCCAGCAUGACACUGGGAACCCACUGCUAAGUAACACAGAACAGCAAGGUGAAGGCAAAGGUUAUGUGUGUAUGUCCAUAAUGGAAUCUACCGUGAACAGUGGAGUGAUUCUUUCAGUUUACAUCAUUUCAUUCCUGAUCGGCUUCCCCUGUAAUCUCUUGGCUCUCUAUGCGUUUAGUACCAAGAUUCGCUCCAAGCCACUUCCAACAGACAUCCUGCUGCUCAACCUGACUGUCUCUGACCUGUUGUUUUUGAUCAUCUUGCCUCUCAAGAUGCACGAGGCAGCAUCUGGUAUGAAAUGGAAUCUGCCCAACUUCAUGUGCUCCAUCACCUCCUUCACAUUUUUCUCCACAAUCUACACCAGCUCCUUGUUGCUGAUGGCAGUCAGCGUGGUUCGCUACAUAGGAGCAGCAUUUCCUAUCACCUAUCAUAAGCUGCAUAAACCCGUGUAUGCAAUUGUUAUCAGUGCUGUUAUUUGGCUGAUCUCGACAGCACACUGCAGCAUUGUUUUUGUCAUCCAGCACCACCCAUCUUUGGCCAGCAAUAAUUCCGGUAAUUGGUGCUAUGAGCAUUUUACAGUAAAGCAGAAGGAGAUCCUCCUCCCAGUACGUCUGGAGUUUUUCUUUGUACUCUGCGUCAUACCUCUUCUUAUUUGUGUUUACUGCUACUUGCGCUGCAUCUUGAUUCUGUACAGCCGCCCCAGGAUAUCCCAGAUGCAGAAGCAGAAGGCCAUUGGCAUGGCCUCGGGGACUCUUGCUGUGUUCCUUAUUUGUGUUCUGCCAUACAAUUUAUCUCAUUUAGUGGGUUACUUUCAGAAAGAGAGCCCAGAGUGGAGAUACUACAGCUUGCUGCUUAGUUGUUUCAACACUUGUAUUGAUCCAGUCAUUUUCUACUUUUCCUCCUCCAUCUUCCGCUUGUCAAGUGAAAAGUUCAUUUUCAGGAAUUGUAUGUUCAGUCCUUCAGGGUUCCAAGGACAAGUCAACAGCUCUAGCUAAGACUAACAUUUCAUUUCAUUAGUAAUUGUUCAUAUUUAGUUUGAUUAUAUUUAUUUGAGUGCAUAUUACAGAGAUAGAAUAUUAUACAGUAUGUAAUCUCAUUACAGUCUAUUUAACUAUUCUGUUUGGCACAUUUUAAAUAUCUUAAUCUAAAAUAUAUCCAAGUUCUCUGCUCCCCACCCACGCAAACUAUUUUUGGUGAUUAAAAAGAAAAAAAAAUGUAGUUGUGUAACAUUGGUGGCGCAUAGUGGAAAAGUGAGGUCAUUUUGAUAUAAAUUGAUGCAUUAUUACCUGAUCUAGUCACUUUGCAUGUGUUUAGAAAAUGUGUUUACUGAUAGCGAGACAUAAGAAUGUUUUUUUAAAAGCUGUACAGGGUUUUUCUGAACUUCCUCAUGACUGCUGCAUUUUCAAUGACUCAAAAUAAAAUGUUAAUGAAAA